AUGGCGGCCAAAGAGGAGGUCCCAAUCCCCGAACCACGAGGUCUUCCCUUCUUGGGACACAUUGCCGAGUUCAAUCCCGAGAACCCAUUGAACGACCUACAUCGUCUGGCUGAUACAUAUGGCGAGGUCUACCGGCUACGCAUGCCAGGGAUGACUGUGGUCUUCGUUUCCACAAACGCCCUCGUCAACGAAGUGUGCGAUGAGACUCGCUUCCAAAAGUCCUUGAACAAUGUCCUUCGCGAGGUCAGACACAUCGCCAACGAUGGCCUCUUCACCGCCAAACCAGAGGAACCCAAUUGGGGCAUCGCACACAGAAUCCUUAUCCCGGCCUUCGGCCCCGUCACCAUCCGCGGCAUGUUUGACGAGAUGGCUGACGUCGCCUCACAAAUGGCCAUGAAAUGGGCUCGCCACGGAAGCCAGACCCCGAUUCGCGUCACCGACGACUUCACUCGGCUGACCCUCGACACCAUUGCCCUCUGCUCAAUGGACUUCCGCUUCAACUCGUACUACCGCGAGGAACUCCACCCUUUCAUCAAUGCCAUGGGCGACGCUCUCACAGAAUGCGGCAAUAGGGACAAGAGACCAGCCUUUGCCAACUACUUUUUCCGGAGCACGGAGCAAAAGUUCUUUGCUGACAUUGAGCUGUUGCGCAAAACUGCCAGAGAAGUUCUUGAAUCACGCAAGGCAAACCCAUCGGACAGGAAGGACCUGUUGUCUGCAAUGCUGAACGGCGUGGACCCCAAGACGGGCCAGAAGAUGACCGAUGCCAGCAUCAUUGAUAACCUGAUUACGUUCCUUAUUGCCGGCCAUGAGACAACCUCCGGUAUGCUGUCUUUUGCAUUCUUCGAGCUUCUGCGCCAGCCAGCGGCCUACCGAAAGGCCCAGCAGGAAGUUGACGAUGUCAUUGGGCAAGCUCCCAUCACGAUAGACCACCUUUCAAAGCUGCCUUAUCUGAAUGCCGUCCUCCGCGAGACUCUUCGCCUUUGCGCCACGAUUCCAGCUUUCGCCGUUGAAGCUAAAGAAGACACCCUCAUCGGCGGCAAAUACCCAGUGAAGAAGGGCGAAUCCAUUGCCUGCCUGCUCGGAAAAUCCCAACUUGACCCCAUCGUCUACGGCGACGAUGCCGGCGAAUUCAAGCCCGAGAGAAUGCUAGACGAAAACUUUGAGCGAACCCAGAAGGAAUUCCCGAAUUCGUGGAAACCCUUUGGCAACGGUAUGCGCGCUUGUAUCGGCCGGCCAUUCGCCUGGCAAGAGGCUCUGCUCGCCACAGCCAUGCUACUGCAAAACUUCAACUUUACCAUGGACGACCCGAACUAUCAGCUCAAGAUUUCCGAGUCUCUCACGAUCAAACCCAAAGACUUCUAUAUGCGCGCAACGCUGCGACACGGCAUGAGUCCCACAGAGCUGGAGCACAAGCUCGCGGGCAGGGGACCGAAUAAGACCAAGCUGGCUCAUCGGCCUUCGCCGUCAGCUCAGGCGAACGGUGUACAAACCAACGGGAACAAGACCAAUGGGCGUAGCGGAAAACCCAUUAGCAUCUACUACGGCUCCAAUAGUGGUACCUGCGAGGCCCUCGCCCAACGUCUUGCCACCGACGCGAGUUCCCACGGAUUCGACGCCACGGUCGUCGAGCCUCUUGAUACCGCCCGAGAAAACCUCGUUAAAAACCAGCCCGUGGUCAUCAUCACUGCUUCAUACGAGGGCCAGCCACCAGAUAACGCAGCCCAUUUUGUCGCCUGGCUCGAGAGUCUGAAGGGCCAGGAGCUGCAAGAUGUCCCGUAUGCCGUCUUUGGCUGUGGUCACCAUGACUGGGUACAAACCUUCCACCGCAUCCCAAAUUUGGUUGAUACCACCAUGGAGGAGCAUGGAGGCAGCAGACUCGUUCCCAUGGGUCUUACAGACGCUGCCGAACGAGACAUGUUUUCCGACUUUGAAGUCUGGGAAGACGAGAUCCUGUGGCCGGCUCUUGCUGAGAAGUACGAAGUGGACGAGGCACAAGACGGCAGUGGCUUACAAUCCGGUCUCGCUGUGCAGAUCUCCAAUCCGCGCACGUCUGCGUUGCGAUCUGACGUCCAGGAGGCCGUCAUCUUGGAGGAAAAGAUGCUGACUUCGCCUGGUGAACCAGAGAAGAGACACAUGGAUAUCCAGCUCCCGUCAAACAUGACGUACAGAUCAGGAGACUAUCUCGCGGUGUUGCCCCUAAACCCACGCAGCAAUGUCGAGAGAGUGUUUAGGAGGUUCCAGCUGGCGUGGGAUGCGUGCCUGACCAUCUCUGGCGAUAAGAGGACUGCCCUGCCAGUCAACCAAACGAUCUCUGCCCUGGAUCUUCUCAGCGCGUACGUGGAGCUUGCGCAACCGGCGACGAAGCGGAAUAUUCUGUCCCUGAUGGAAGCGACCCAAGAUGAUGACACCAUCAAGAAGCUAGAGCAGCUCGCCGGCGACGAUUAUCAGGAAGAAAUCACCCAGAAGCGGGUCACUGUCCUGGAUCUCCUGGAGAGAUUCCCGUCCAUCGCGCUUCCCAUUGGUGCCUUUCUCGCCAUGCUCUCUCCCAUGCGCGUUCGGCAAUACUCAAUCUCAUCCUCUCCCCUCCGCAACCCCUCUCAAGCAACUCUAACCUACUCCAUCCUCGACUCGCCCUCUUUCUCGGGCCAAGGCCGCCACGUCGGCGUAGCAACAAGUUACCUCGCCGCCCUCAAGAAGGGCGACAAGCUGCACGUCGCCGUCCGGCCCUCACACGCCGCAUUCCACCUGCCCCGCGACCCGGAAAAUACCCCGCUAAUCCUCGUCGCCGCUGGAUCCGGCAUCGCGCCCUUCCGUGGUUUCGUACAAGAGCGCGCGGCGAUGUUGGCUGCGGGACGUACGCUUGCGCCUGCCUUGCUAUUCUACGGAUGCCGGAGACCGGGCGCGGAUGAUUUGUAUCGCCGGGAGUUUGAUGCCUGGGAGAAGAUGGGUGCUGUUUCUGUUAGGAGGGCGUAUUCUCGCGCUGCUGCUCAAGGGGAAGGGGAAGGGGAAGGGGAGAAUGGAGGGUGUCGGUAUGUGCAGGACAGGAUGUACCGCGAUAAGAAGGACGUGUCGGAACUGUGGGCUCGCGGGGCCAAGUUGUUUGUGUGCGGGUCGAGGAGCGUGGGGAAGGCGGUUGAGGAGGCUUGUGUGAGGGUGAUUCUGGAGUCCGCGAAGGAGGGUAAGGGGGAGGGGCUUGCUGAGUUGAGGGAUUUGGAUUAUGAGGGGGCGAAGAAGUGGUUUGAGGGGAUUCGGAAUGAGAGGUAUGCUACGGAUGUCUUUGAUUGA